UCCCCCGGAGCACGUCACUCCGCACCGGCGCUCUGCGUUUGGGGCGGCGGAGAGCGAGGGCGGGCGGGCGAGCGGGAGCCGCCGGGGGAGGAGAGGCGGCGGCGGCGGCUCCUCCGCAGGCAGCAGCGGCUCGGCUCCGCGCCCCGCGCUCCCUGCGCGGCCCCCCCCGCUCCAUGCCGCCCAGCCCGCCGCGGCGCGGCCCCCGCGGGGCGAAGGCGGGCGCCGGGCGGGGAGCGGCGCGGCGGUGCUGAAGGACAGCUCCGCUCCGCGCCUCUCCGCGCUUCUCCGCGCCUCUCCGCGCCCCGGGGCGCGCCCCGUCGCCGGGUGGCCGCGAGGCCGCCGGCCGCGCCGCGCCUUGAUGUGCCCCCCGCCACCGCGCCGGCGGCUCCCAUGGCGGUGGCACGGAAAAUCAAAACUUUGUUGACGGUGAACAUCUUGGUCUUCGUGGGCAUCAUCCUCUUCUCCGUCUACUGCAGGAUCCAGGACCGCUCCCAGGAGCUGGUGCAGAUCGUCCGGAGCGCGGACCGCCGGGCCAGGAGCCGCGGCGCCAAGGUGGGCAGCCUGGCCGACAGGGAGUCCAUCCUGCAGCGCCUGGACCACCUGGAGGAAGUGGUCUACAACCAGCUAAAUGGUCUGGCAAAGCCCAUGGGAUUAGUUGAAGGUCCAGGAGGCUUGGGCCAGGGGGGAAUGGCUGCUACCCUGAGAGACGAUAGCCAUGAAUCAGAGACUAAGUAUGAAGAAUAUGGUUACAAUGCCCAACUCAGUGACAGGAUAUCACUGGACAGGUCCAUCCCUGACUACAGACCAAAAAAGUGCAAACAGAUGACCUACCCAGAUGACCUGCCGCAGAUCUCUGUGGUCUUCAUAUUUGUAAACGAGGCGCUCUCUGUCAUCCUGCGCUCUGUGCACAGUGUUGUGAAUCACACCCCAUCGCACUUGCUCAAGGAGAUCAUUCUGGUGGAUGACAACAGUGACAAUGUUGAGCUAAAAUUUAAUCUGGACCAGUAUGUCAAUAAAAGAUACCCAGGUCUGGUGAAAAUAGUGCGCAAUAACAAACGAGAAGGACUGAUUCGAGCCAGAAUCCAAGGCUGGAAAGCAGCAACCUCUCCUGUUGUCGGAUUCUUUGACGCUCACGUUGAAUUCAACAUUGGCUGGGUGGAACCUGCACUUACCCGGAUCAAAGAAGAUCGAAAGCGGAUCAUCUUACCAGCAAUUGACAAUAUCAAGUACAACACUUUUGAAGUGCAGCAAUACGCCAAUGCAGCCCACGGCUAUAACUGGGGCCUCUGGUGCAUGUACAUAAUCCCACCGCAGGACUGGCUUGAUAAAGGGGAUGAGUCAGCUCCCAUCAGGACACCAGCCAUGAUUGGAUGCUCCUUUGUAGUGGACCGAGAGUAUUUUGGUGAGAUUGGCUUGCUUGACCCUGGUAUGGAGGUCUAUGGAGGAGAAAACAUUGAAUUAGGCAUGAGGGUCUGGCAGUGCGGAGGAAGCAUGGAGGUGUUACCCUGCUCUCGCGUGGCACAUAUUGAACGCACAAAGAAACCCUACAACAACGACAUUGAUUACUAUGCAAAGCGCAACGCCCUGCGGGCUGCUGAGGUCUGGAUGGAUGACUUCAAGUCGCAUGUUUACAUGGCGUGGAACAUCCCCAUGGCAAACCCUGGAGUUGACUUUGGAGACGUUUCUGAAAGAAUAGCUCUACGACAGCGACUGCAGUGCCGGAGUUUUAAGUGGUACUUGGAGAAUGUCUAUCCUGAAAUGAGGGUUUAUAAUAAUACAGUCACUUAUGGAGAGGUGCGUAACAGCAAAGCUAGUGGCUACUGCUUAGAUCAGGGAGCCGAAGAGGAUGACAAAGCAAUCCUUUAUCCAUGCCAUGGAAUGUCCUCUCAGCUUGUCCGCUACAGCUCUGAAGGCGUCCUGCAGCUGGGGCCACUGGGCUCCACGGCCUUUCUGCCUGACUCCAAAUGCCUCGUUGAUGACGGGAAGGGCAGGACACCGACUCUGAAGAAGUGUGAAGAUGUCCUAAGGCCAGCACAGAGGUUCUGGGAUUUCACACAGAAUGGUCCAAUCAUCAGCAGAGACACUGGCCGUUGUCUAGAAGUGGAAAUGUCAAAGGAUGCAAAUUUUGGGCUUAGAUUAGUUGUGCAAAGGUGCUCGGGGCAAAAAUGGAUGAUUAGAAACUGGAUAAAACAUGGCCGACAUUGACUGCUGGGGCUGAGAAGCUGCCUCUCCUGCCGUUGUCCAUUGCUCUGUGUGCCAUAUCUUGCAAGGCAUUUGUCUUAAAGCAAAUUAGUUUGAACUGGACUUGGCUCUCAAGCAUCCUCCAUAAUUGGGCAUUCAAAGGAAAAAAGAAGAAAAAGAAAAGCAGACACAUAUAUGCCCUAUUUGACUCUUCCUUGCUCCAGUAGAUGACCUGGGAAGCUUAACAUGAGUUUUCUGUUGAUUUGGAAAUCUUGUGAAGACCAGAACACAAGAGAAAAGGGGGUUCCUUGAGCUCUCCUAGAGGAAUUAAUAGACAGAUGUUUCUAUGAUGAGUUCAAAGGAGAGAUCCCAAUACUGCCUCAUAAAGAGAGUUCUCUGAUGGGUAGCUUUUUAGCUUUAAGUUAUUGACUGGUGCACAACUCCUGUGGUGAAUAAUCAUGUGCCUUUUUUAUUGUACUUCGUAUAAUAGGGGACUGGAAAAAAUCCUACCUUUUCAGCAUGUCUGGUUCAUUGUACUACACAAGAUCUGUAAAUAACACUGGAAAUAUAAUAUAAUAUAUGAUAAAUUUCAAGGUUGAUUUAGGAGUCUCUAUUUCUAGAAAGAGACUGUUCCGCAAAUGUUUACAGGUGGUUCUCAACCUUCAAGCUGCUAAAAAGCAGCAUUUUAGAGACCUCUUCUAGUUAGACACAGGUAAAUGUUGAAUAGGUAAAAUAGCCACAUGCUCCAUUAUAUUGCCACAUUUUACAUUUCUUGGCUGUAAAGGCAUCACAAUAUAGCACUUGCAUAUUUAACUCUUUCGAGGCAGUAAAUGUCCUAGUAGAUGGAUGAAUUUCUGGAGGCCUCAGUUGGCCCACAAGCCCUGAGUACGUAAGUGCAAGGUUCCCAUCCUGCAGUGCUGUGCAUGCAGGUGCACUGUUGUGUUGUUCCAGACACUGCCUGGAAGCUGGAUACUCAUUACUUCUGAAAAUAAGUUGACUGACUUAGGUGCCAUCUGCGGAAUUUAACAACUUGCAUCUUCCAUUUUGUUAUCCAUCCUGUGAAAAUGUCAAAUGUGAGCAAAUACGCUUUGUGAGCACUGUCUAGACAAAUCUCCUGAACAAACCAACAAAGUCUUUUCAGUAUUUGAAAAACAAACAAAAACCUAGUGAUAAGAGAGCAAAUUAGAGCAAGAACUAGGCAGCAUAUAGAAAUACUGUUACACUGAAACGUAAAUAUUUUACUGUAGUUGACCCAUUGACAGCAUCUUUGUGAACCUGAAUUUAAUAAUGUAUGCAGUGGUUCAUGCAGUAUCUCUGCACAGGUAGCCAGAGCAAUGACAAGGCCUUAUCCAAAAGGCUGUCAAAGUUGAUGACCACUGUCAACAUCAGCAGGCUUUGGAGGUGGGUCCAUGGCAGACAGCUUUUCAUUACAGAAGAUUCAGUCAUACUGAAGGAGAGACAGAGAUGGUAUCUGUUAACUUCACUGUUUAAUAUUUUAUAGUAAUUUAAAAAAAAAAAAAAAGUUUGUUUUGUUUUACUGAGCCAGGAAAAUAGGUAAUUGCAGGCACUGCAGUACCGUGAAUCUUGGCAAUCUGUUUCUUGAAGAGCUUUUGCCAUUCCUAUUUCAAGGCAUGCUGAACAAACUACAAUGGAAACAAAGUUAAUUUUUCAAGGGCAUGGUAUGUAAUAAAAUAUUUACUUUUAACAUGCAAAAUCCAUCAGUUCUUGUCAACUUUUGGUUGGUAUUUAGAGAGCAUAUCGCUAUAUUUUGCCCCAACUUUAUUUUUGAAACGGAGUGUGCACAAUGUAAUACAAAGCCAAUUCUCCUGGAGUUUAUUUGUGGCUAAUUGCUGAUCUUUAUUUAUGUCACAUAGAUCAGGUUAUGCAUGAAUAUAUACAAAAGAGUAAUUCCGGGUGAGAUUCUAAAUAUAAAAAUGCUUAAAAUUGCGUGUUUAUGGUUAGUUGAACACAACCUCUUGAACAGUGUAAUAAGACCUGCAGGGAGAGGUAGCAUCUUUAAAAAAUCAAGCAACAGAGUAAAAAAAUCAUGGACAAGCUCAGUAUUUGAGCCCUCCUGCAGGUCUUAAACAGGUAGGACGCUUCAGGCAAAAUAUAGAUUGGGAAGAGUUGCCCUGCAUUUAACCUCCUUAUGUUAACCUAUUAGACAAUUUAAAAGGAUAGUUACCAUCUAUUGAGCAGGUGUUGAACACUUUGUAGAGGAGUUCUAUUUGUAAGUGAUUUUUCAUCUUCUCUCCAGAUACAAUUUCUCCCUUUUCAAUUGUAUGAAAGCUGUAUUCUUCUUUUGUUUACUCUGAUGGAGCUUCACUCCUUGAAAUAUUUGGCUGAGGGAGGUGAGAAGGCAAAAGAAGGGAAAGACUAUUUUACUAGGUGAGCUUUUUGGAGAAUAACAUUACAGGUCAUUUACACCAUUUGUAGUCUUUCCAAUGAGCAAGUGCUAACUAUUUUAUAUGAAGGUGGCUGGAAGUUGAAAGUAAUUAUAUAUCAGUGUGACUACUAAAUGCCUAUUAGAGUAUAAAGUUACUGUACUGAACAGAAGCAAAUAUGCCACAUGCUUUUUUUUUUUUUUCCCCCUUUUUUUUUUCCUUGUCUUGACUUGCCAAUCUACACUUGAUCCUUGGUUAGCAAUGGGGCAGCAAGCCUUUCAAAUCCUAGGUAAAAGAAAAAGAAAGGCUGAAUAUUUGGAGGAAUACCGGGUUUUAAAUUUACCUAAAAGGAGUAUUGCAUUUGCAUUUUAGGAGCUUUGAAGCUGAGAAGACCAGAUAGAUCUGUGUUUACUGGCAAAGAUUUCAAGCAAGCAUGACAACCCUUCACUGACACCACCAUAAUGAAUGUGAAUUGGUUGUCUUGGAAUUUUUCUAUUGCACGUUUUCAUUGCCCAGUGCAAAGCAUUUGAAUGUGGCUACAACCGUCUAACUGAGAGUGGUCAGUCCUGGCAAGCUUUGAGUGCAGAGGCCACAGGCUGCAGGAGGCUUUCAAGAACCAGACUUUCAGUAUAAGAAGGAAAGCGGAUUUUUGUGAUAGACGAAUGGCUCUGAGAUUUACAGAAUAACAUAAAAGAGUUCAAAUAACUCUUAAAGUUGGAGUUGGUAUUUUCUGUGAUUGUCAUUUUUUUAAGAUUUACUGAAACAAUUUCUGAUAUUUGAAAAACACAUCUGUUGGAUUAUUUUUACUUUAGUCUUUAUCUGUAUGAACCACUGCUUUGGCUGUGGUAUUAACAUGGUGACUCUGCAUGUGAGGGUCUUAAAUAUUCUCUCAUAAAAAGAAUAAUAAUAAAAAAGCCUUGAGUAUUAUCUGUUUUAACCAAAGUCAAUGGGUCUCUUGUCAGUGUUUCACCCCUUAGUGUAAUCUGAAAUCCUGCUUAAUGCUGUUUCAAAUUUUCAGUCGUUUCCCACAGUGCAGCAAUCCAGAUAUUAUGAAAAGUAUGUAAUAUCGUGUAAAUGUAAUAUGCCUUGUAGAGAAAAUUCAGAUCAAAAUCUUCAAUUGCUAUUUUGAUUUAGGAGAUUAUGGAGUUAAAUACUAGGUCCUAGGACAGAAGAAUAGAAGGUGAGAAAGAACAUCAAGUCUAGUACACUGCUGUCAAAGGCAAACCAGUAAAAAAAAUACUUUUGUAAGCAUGUCAAGAUCCCUAAAAAUUCCUUUGAGUCCUGUGGGGAGAAAAAAAGCCCUUUCUCCUUUGAGAGCUAUAAACUUUAUUCUUGGCUUGACUAAAGCCAUUUGUUCCUCAGCCAAAAUAGUCCUCUGGCUCCUGAAGUUAUGCUAACCUCCAGUGGAAAGCAACUAAGAGAAAGAGCUAAAAAAGGUGUUGUUGAAGGACCCAAUGGAUUCCCCUGCAAUUACAUAAAGAUUUAUAUUGUGCUCAUCCAUGAGGCAUGAGAGCUCUUCAGGACUAUUCCACAUCCAAAAAGCUAAACUCUGGUUCCAUAGAAGUGAUCUAAGACAAAAAUAUGGAAACAAACAACAGGUCUUCAUACAUAUUCUGAAAGUGUUGAACUAUGUAUCUCAUUUCAAUGAAUAAUUUGGGGCUUGGUGUGUCUGAAGGUCAGGCCUUUGCAGUCUUUGUUUAUAUUUCUUUUCAUCAGUCUGCCUCUUUAAAAACUGUGGUCUAGUAGAUGAAAACCUCACUUGCCAUGUGACAAGGGGUGUAGUGUAAUCUAUCUGACACAGGACAGCUGCAAUUUUAAGUACUUAAGCCAGAGCUAAUAAGGUUUAAUGAAAUAGCACCGGUCCUAAUCUGUUCCUUAGAUCAAUUACACAGCAUGUAAUUCCUUCAGUAUCCAGUAUUCAUUUGAAAUGGUUCAUUAACAGCCAUACUAAAGCACAUUAUGGCCUGUUUCGGGACCCAGUGAGUUGGGCUGUAGGAAGAACUUCAACAGAAGGUGGAGUUCAGAGGGAGUUUGGCAUGUUAUUAUUCAGUUAAGACACAAAUACCUUUGUUUUUUUCAUGAAAGGCUUUGGGAGGAAGAACAACUGUCAGAAUUCACUUAAUUAAAAAUAUUUCUAGCAA